AUGACUGAAGAUUCUGUGAUCGUGAAUUUGCCCAAGAAGCUCGAUGAGUUUUUGGCGAAAAGUGAGAGAAUUCUCGGCUGCGCAAUUGGAGAUAAAAAUGGGUUGACGAUGGCUCUCAAAGGCGAAAUCGAUCAGGACGACGUCGCAGUAGGCGUCAAUGCUCUUCAAGAAAUCAACAAAAACGUCCAGGAAUCGAAGACCCUCUAUUUAUACGACUACAAAGAAUCAAACUGUCUCCACUGUUCCUACAUCGACGAAAGUCUCUUUCUCGUCCAACUUGUUGCUGCUAACUAA